AGUUGGCUCGAAGGCCGGAGGGCCACACACGUCUGAACGUCUCGAUCCCAACCACAAACUGUCUCUCGAUCGAGCCAACGAUGCUGGCCACAACAACACACCGACCACUGCGGCUCGCGGUGGCUCUUUCAUACAUCUUUGCACUGGGCGCCGACUCGCAGCUUACGUACAAGUCGCCGCGCGACCACGCCGUGCAGCCGCACGCGGGCUGCCACACCGCCGUGGCGGGCGAGGAGUGCCACGACAAGCUGCUGUGGGCAAUGCAGUCCGGCAUCCUGAAGUACCCGGACUUCUGGGGACUGGUUCGCCCCCCUGACCAACAGCUCCAGCCUCGAGGCCUUCCAGCGCCACCUGCACGGCCUGCCCCGGUUCUCCGGCGUGUGCCCGCAGCCCUGCGAGGAGAGAGCGCUCGAGGCCGUCGCGCUGGUGCCCGCGCGGGCACGGCAGCCGCCGUCGGUCAGUUGCCACGCCCCCGUCGAGGGCGACGCGUGCCACAGGAGAGCGGUUGCACGCAAGUCGGGGGGGGAAGGGGUAGUCUGGGCUUCUUGAUAAGCGUGGGGGGGUACCCCCCCCGACGGGGGUCAACGUCGCCUCGUCGUCGCGCCGCGAUGGGGGUCGGAGCGCCUUCGACGCGCGGUGGCUGCCCGCGACGGGGGUCGAUGCAGGGAGAGUAGUGUGGGCGAUGGAGUCGGGCGUCGUGAAGUACCCCGACAGGUUUGCCCCCCUGACCAGCAGCUCCCGCUUCGAGGACUUCCAGCGGCUCCUGCACGGCAUGCCCCGGUUCUCCGACGUGUGCCCCGAGCCCUGUGCGCCGCCCGCCGUGGGAGCCGGCGUGCCGGCACGGCUGCCGGACGGCUGCCGCACGGCCGUGGAGGGCGACGCCUGCUACAGGAAGGUGGUGUGGGCGAUGGAGGCGGGCCUCGCGAAGUACCCGGGCUGGUUUGCCCCCCUGACCAGCAGCUCCAGCUUCGAGGACUUCCAGCGGCACCUGCACGGCAUCGCCAGGUUCUCCGACGCGUGCCCCGAGCCGUGUGCGGCACGGGCGGCGGAGAGUCCUUUGCCGGCACAGGCACGGGUGGAUGGUGGCACUCCGGGGGGUGGCACGUGGAUCGUGGAAGGAUACAACCAGACAGCAGGCAACUGCGAGUGCGGGAACAUCAUUCAGGCGUACGCCACAGGCUACGAGACUCCAUUGCUAUGCGCGGCCGCGUGCAGUGCGGUCCCUGCCUGCAUGUCCAUUGGCGUUCACGAAGAUACCAUCUGGCCUGGCCACUGCGAUCUCUUCGACGCGCCCUGCGAUGACAGCGCCACUUGCGCCACUCCCGUCCAUGAGCAAGCCAUCAGCCUCAAUUUCAACAAGGAGCUGACCGCUUCACCCACGCCUGCUCCAACACCUCCACCAGAUGCGUGCGAAAUCACGAACGGAACUGGGCCGAGUGCUUCUUAUCCGUGUACGUGCGGGCUUGAUGUGUGUGGAACCAGUGAGAUUUGCUCCAAUGAGACAUGCUCACCUCCAACGUAUCUCCACGUCGAUUGGCCAUGCUCGUACCCAUCGAUCGGCGACCCGAACUUCAUUCUGACAGGAACAAGUGCAGACGGAGCGCCCAUCUAUGUCAAUUUCCACGGCAGUUAUAUUUACUAUGACGUAUCAUGUGACGGCGUAGUGCGUGAAGCGGGUGAAGGAGUAGCCAGAUGGAUUGUUGAUAACAGUGUGCCCAGCGAAUCAGCUACCAGCGACCUGGACUCUGACAAGACUUGUUCGUACUUUGGGCAUUACAACUCCUUGGACAACAGUGGUCUUCCCUUGGGGAGCUCAAGCUGGGUGACGUACUGCCAUGGCCAAACGACGACUAUCACUGCAGAGAUCACGUACUUGCACGAGGAGCCCAAUGUGACGGCUACCCCAGCCCCGACGUUGCCACCCGGGGUCCCGUGCCCCUGUAAUCAAAAAUGCGCUGGUUUCCCUUAUGUUGACACCGACGGCGAUGGUUGCCUUAGUCCACCAGAGUGCGAAUAUAUAGAAACAUUCAGGGACAGGUUUCACGAACUUGACCUUGAUGGGGAUGGCUGCGUGACCAUUGAUGAGUGUAUCGAAUCUCCGUUGGGGGAGUGGUUGCCGAUGUUCCCGAUCCAAGGGCCGAACCACUGCGAUUUUGGAUCCUACUUCACACCGGGCACAAGCUCUUGCGUCUCAUGCACAAAUGGGGAAACAAGGCGUCGUCGUUCGGAGGCGUGCACCAAGUGCCCUGCUGGGAAGGAUGACUUCGGAGAUUUCGACGUUUGCAUCGGAGGAGCGUAUCUGAAGGAGCCCCUGUACCCAGGGAAUUGCUCGGCCUGCCUCAACACAGGAACCGACGAGAGCGGACUAACGUGGACGAGAGGCGACAGAGUCGUCAUAUCCACGCGCAACCCUGAUCCAGGCCAUUACCAGGUAGUGACCAUCGAGGGCGUAAACACUGUCGGUAACCUGACUUGCUUCGAGUUUUCACCUUGUGUUACCGACCCGUACGACCCGUACGACCCAGUAACCACCGAUUGUACUGAACAAGACGGACAUGCCACUUCCAUUGCCUACCCAUGUGGAUGUGGCAUUGAGGAGUGCGCCGAUGGUGAAGUGUGCGACAUCGACGGCAACGCGGGGCAAGGCAUUUGCUUUACACCCUCGGGGAACCUUCCGACUCCGGCUCCGACAGUGUCGGCCCGGGGCGAUCCACACUUGGUUAAUCUGCACGGGGAGCAUUUCGACGUGAACCACGGUGGGGAGUUCACUUUGCUGCGGAUCCCCCAGGCCACCAGCGAGCCCCCGAUGCUGGAGCUCAAGGCAUCCAUCCGCCCGGAGCACGGGAAGCCGUGCACCACGUACAUCACGGAAGUGGAGGUCUCGGGCAGUCUGUUCGGGAGCAAGGUCGUGCAGGUGCGCUCCUACCUCAGGUCGCACGUGGAGAACGAGACCGACAAGUUUUUGGGCCUCCGGGUUCUAGAGCGAACCCCAGGCGCGGUCACUGAGGCCCCGUGGAAGAGCAUCGCGCAGGAGACCGACAACACUUUCUUUGUCGCGGACCCUCAGACCGAGAACGACUUCAGGGUGACUAUGUCAACGGCGAAGUGGUACAAGGACGCCGGGGAGAAGGUGCCGAGCGUGGCGGGGCAGGUCGAGAUUCGGCUGGGGGACCCCAAGGACCUCGGGCUCGAGCCCGCGAGGGUGCUGGUACGCCAGGACCUGCCCAGGCAGGAGCACCUGAACGUGGCCGUGCGGCGCCUGAGCUCCCUCGGCCGCGAGGACGUCGGCGGCCUGCUCGGCUUCGACCCGCACCCGGAGUCCCUGGAGGACGUCACGCCCGAGUGCCAGCGCCACCGGGACGGGCUGGACUCCGCGAGGGGCCCCCGCUCGCAGCGGGGCUGGAAGGCCCGCUGGGAGAAGAUCAAGGCGCGGCGCAGCGAGGCGUUCGCCCCCGGGGGGGCCGCGGGCGACGGCGACGCGACCGCCCAGCUCGUCAGCAACGGCAGGGAGGCGAUGUGCGUGUGUCCUGGGGAGGAGCCCCACGAGGCAGAGGAGGAAGAAAGAGGGGGAGUACGUCCAGAGCCUCGCCGGCGGCAGGGGCACGGAGGGCGUCGUCGUGGAGCUCCAGACGGGGAGGCUCGCCGAGGCGACGUGGGACUGAGUCGCGGCGCCGAGCGUCGCUGUCUGUUCCGUUAGCCGCAGGAGGCUUGCGACGCACGCGCGGCGGCACUGUCCUCCUCCCGUGGGCCGGGAGGCGUGUUCACCAGAGGUUGGGUUUAUUGUGGAAGGCUUCUCGUGGACUGGCCUCCGCUGUAUGGCUCGGGCUCGUGCCCGUGCGCCGCGCGGAGCGCACACCUUACAGGGUCGCGUGGCGCCGAGGGGUCGCACCUCGGGGUCCAGGCAGCGAGGGCAGGGUUGCCCACGCGGGGGGUGGGAGUCGGGGGACGGAGAGGCGACACCGUCACCAC